ACAAGCGUGCAAUGUAAGUGAUAUGUGAUCUGUGCUAAAAACUUCUUCUUGAUCAUGCUGGCUGGUCGUAUUGAUCGCUCUACUACACUAUAGCAGAGAAAGUACUUAUUUUAUGUGUUAUCAUGGAGCUUUCAAGGYCAGGAGUAUCUAAACAGGACUGGAGCAGAAUUGGUUGGAACGUGGUGGARACAAAGAAAACAGACAGUGAGAGAAUUGACAGAAAAAAGAUAGCCUACAUCUACCUGAAGCAACACUUUAACAUCACAAAGUUCAUUUUGCAAUCAGGUGAAAAGCUUAGACUUCCUCCAGUUGCUAUUGCAUCUGCAUGUGUAUUGUAUCAUCGUUUCUGGAGACAGUUCUUAAAACUGGAUAACUCUAGCAAACAAGACUUUGAUUGCUAUAUGUUGGGAACCACUGUUUUGUAUAUGGCAUCAAAAUCUGAAGAAWCACCAAGGAAACUUCGUGAUGUCAUCAAUGUAUGUCAUAGAUCACUCCACCAGGAUGUAUUUCUUGAUGUUGGGACAGAGUUCUGGGAUUUACGAGAUAGUAUCAUCAACUGUGAACUAUUUGUCCUCAGGGUUCUUGCAUUUGAAGUGGCCAUAGACAACCCACACAAGUAUCUACUUCAUUAUUUGAAGUCCUUACAAGACUGGGUGGAGCCAGACACAUGGAGAAUUAGUAAUAUAAGCCAGAUUUGCUGGUCAAUAUUGUGRGAUAGCAUGCAUAUACCUAUUAUAUUGGACCACCAACCCUCCCAUGUGGCUAUUUCUAUUGUUUUCUUUGGUGUACUGUGUACGGGAAUGGAAAUACCUUCACAGGGUGCCAAGAAUGUUUGGUGGAAGGCAAUGUGCGAUACUAUACAUAUUGAUGAAGUGCAAYCAAUCAUUGGAGAUUUAAUGGACUUAUAUGAUUAUGAAAGCAAGCCUUUAAUAUGACACAAAUGUUGGACACUUGGUGAUUAUUAUAAUCAAGGUCACAAGAUUGCUUCAAGUACAAGACAUGGUCAUUGAUUUAUACCAGAGAAAGCACGUCAAGCUGAGAACCUGUCUAAUAAAUAUCUAUCAAUCUUUUAUAGAGUUAAGCAGUUAAUACUGCAUAUCUGGUGAUYUUUCAACUUUAAGUUGAUCUAGAGCAAUUUCAACGUGACUGUGAAAUAAAAACUACUGCAUUUCUACACAUGACUUCUGCAGAUGUGGAUAUCAAAUAGUAAUGAGAGCUAACCUAAUGAUGAGAGGUCAUUGUAAGUAACAUCUCAGCAUUUGCAAAAGCCAGCAAAACUUUACAGUAAAUUCAUAAAUAUUUAA